AUGAAGAGUGUUGCUCUUCUUUUCCUAGUAGUGAUCUGUGGCAUGGGAGGUUUUGGACAGAAGCUGAAACCAAAGAAAAGAAGCAACGGGGAAGAAAUCAGCUUUCGGACUAAAGCCAAAGAUGCUUGCACAAUGAGCAUGAGUGGUGAUGAGGAGAUGAAACUUAGAGUUGAAUGCAAAAACCAAGGCAAGUCCUACUGGUGUGAAUUCACCGGCAAACCAUCAGUCUGUCGUCCUUUCAGAAAGAAUCCGAAGAUCUACUGGAACCAGAUCGCCAUGGAACUUAGGAAGCUCCCACAUGCUUGUGAAGCUACUCAAGUGCUGAAGGCCACCAUGUGCCAAAAGGCUCCCCCAGAUGCCGAGAUGAAGCAAAUAGCUGGUGGUGUGGAGCCGGAAGAUACAGCAAACCAAGAGAAAUCGUCAGUUUCUACGAAGGGAGUAGGGAAAAGCUCUGUAAAGAAGAUGGGGAAACCGCCAGUAUUACCUCUUAUAAAACCAGCCCAACAUGCUCAAGGGCCUGCAAACGAGACUGAAGCCAUGAAACUGGCACGAGAGCACUGCUGGGAAUCACUGCAUGGAUUCUGCUCCUACAUUAUUGGCAUCUUUAGAGGUUAAGGAUUUGCUUCAGGUAAAACUCCCCUUUGAAGUACAGCAGAAAAUACCUAAGAAUAAUCUUGUAAGAGUAAUGCUCUUUUGUUAUUUUGU